GAGAAUAAGCAUGUUCAGAAUUCCUCAAUUUCUCUAUCACCAUCAUCUUCUGAUUCUUGUUCUGAUUUCUAUGGUGGUGACAUUUUUUCCUCAGAAGAAGAAGAAGAGCACUUAUCCCCAUCAUGUGAUGAGCCCUUGCAAAAUAUGUCAGCCCUUCUUCAGGAUCUUCCUUUCAAAAAAGGGUUGUCAAAGCAUUACAAUGGGAAGUCGCAAUCGUUCACAUCAUUAACAAACGUGAGGAGCGUGGAGGAUCUGGCGAAGCCAGAGAACCCCUACAACAAGAGGCUCAAAGGAUGCAGGAGCUACGCGGGAUUGUUUCUGGAGGGCUGUAAAAGAAGCAGUUGUAAUGGAUCUUCAAAGCCUGGGGGGAUCUUGAAGAAAUCUUCAACGAGAGCAGGAGGAGGAGGAGGGUUCUGUUCAUCCCUCAGCUCAUCAAGAAAAAGUGGCAGCGGAAAGAAUAGGCUCCCUCCUCCUCCUCCCCCUCUGCCUCCUGCUUCAGCUGCUGCACCUCCCCACCCAUCUGCCAACUUUGCUAACCAUACCCCUCUCUUCGCUUGAUUAUAAAAAAUAAAGAACUACUCGUACUAAUUAUUGCCCGGAUUAGGUUGUCUGGCCGGUUUAUUAUUAUGAUUAUUGUUAUUAUCAUGUAGCGAUGAUGACUAGGGAUGGUUUCCAAUUUUCCGUUGCUACAUUCCUUUCGAAAUUAUUAUGGAUUCCCAAUAUGACAUAUAUAUAUUUUCGCUAUAGAUAAGACUAUAAGAGCAUUUGCAGGUGACCGACUUUAUAUGAGCAAGGGCAUUGUGCAUUGUCUUUAUUCAUUUUUGUAGUUUAAUUGUUGUUGACUGAUCAUACUUUUACAAGUGAAUUGGUCCCAAGAACUACUUCAUA